GAUGUGUAAUCGGGAUGGAGGCAUUGUGUUCAGCAAAAAAGGAAACAUCGUAAGGGAAUGGAUGUGGCCUUCAAAGGGAAAGCUUCAAGAUCCAGUUGAGAUUUGGGUGAAUAAGUUUAUUACUGUGAAGAUUUCUGGGCUCCUUGCCAUCAGCUUGCUCUACAAAUGGCAUCUCCAAAGUCUCAAGCUAUCUCUGGCACCUGUAAAAUGCAAGUCUUUUCCUCCACAUCUCCCUGAGCCGUCAUUCCCUGAUGUCAAUUCCAUCACCAAAGAAUUCAAAGAGUUGUGCAAGAACUACUACAAAAUAAAGUACAAGCAAGUGAAAUCCACAAUCCAGGACAAAAAUCCUGCAACUUUAACAGGCCCAGAAGAUACUGCUUCAUUUGACACAGUAAUGGACAUAAAUCCUAUGCAUGACAUUUCAUCACUUAUCAAAUUAAGAACACUACAGAGAAAGGUCAAGCACAUCCUGCUUCAUUGGCUGGAUCACUACAGAUUUGCAAUGGGAAUAGAGUUAAUGCAUGUUUGCAAAAUGCCUAAGUUUCUACAGAAAUUGGGCAGGAAACAAAAAGUCCCAUCAGCACAAUUUCCUGUGAAACAAAGUGCAAAGGAAGAUGAGGUUAAGGAGUAUCUUCGAUAUCGAAGUACCUUCCUAAAACUGAAGGGAGCCUUUAAGCCUUCGCCUCACCAUCGCAAGCAGAAGAACUCGGCCACCAAGCCGUCCUUUAGGUGCCGUCUCCCCAUCAAGAGCAAGGAUGCCUCCCAGUUGGUUUGUCCUGUGGUACUGAGGAGGGCCCUGUGUGGGACAGAAGGCGACACGUGCAGAUGUAGCGCUUACAGCAUCCCUGAAGUGACAGACCUGGAGUACGACUACCUAAUAAGCACCUUGUUGUCCUCGGUGGAUCAGAUCAUUAUUGUCUAUGUGUUCUCGGCGAAGGAAAGGGGCAAGGAUAUAAAAGAAGUGACCAAAGUGUACAGGGAACUGAAUAGAACUAGAAGCAUGCCUUGCCCCCAGAGUCGCUCGGAUUCCUUUCGCUUGCUCAAAUACAGCAUCAUCUACGCAUCUAAAUUUACUGGCAACAAGUGUCCACUUCUGGUUCAAAGGCACAAUGUCAUUCCAGGGAUAUUUUUGGUAUGUGCUUUGAGAUAUAGGACUCUUAACUGCUGGGUAUGAUUCUUGGAUGAUGUGAAUAUCACUCAAGAGUGCACAAAGCUAGAAGGAAUACAGAAAUACAUCCAGUCACAACACCCCUUGG